GGCUCUUCAGGUUCUACUGUUUUGUUUAUAUAUCAGUCUAGAAGUAACGUUUUUCAGUCUUAAACAUUGAAGAUUGUUUUUUGUUUGAAGUAAUUUGGUUUAGUUUGUAAUUAAAAUGGGUAAAGGUUUUAAUAAUUAUAUGUGUAAAAAGUUUUUCCAUCCAGCAUCCAGAGACAAUUUAAAAAGAGUAUGGAUGGCUCAACAAAAGGAUGAUGCAUACAAGAAAAAACAGGAAGAACUACGCAUUCAGUAUGAAAAAGAACAGGAUCUUUACAAUAACAAAGCUAUGCUGAGUAAAGAAAGCAAAGAUAAACUCAGUGUUAAUUUUAUGUAUGAACCACCUCCUGGAGCUAAAAAAGAACGUGAAAAAGAAGAAAAUGAACCAGAAUAUAAAUUUGAAUGGCAGAGAAAAUAUAAUGCUCCCAGAGAAGAUUACUGUAAAGGGAAUGCUGAAAUUCAGGACCAGCCAUUUGGAAUACUUGUCCGAAAUGUUAGAUGUAUCAAAUGCCGUAAAUGGGGUCACAUUAAUACAGAUAAAGAAUGCCCAUUGUACAAUCAGAGUGUUACAAGCGAAAUAGGAACUUCUGCGGAACCUGGGGGUGAUGCUGUAUCUUUGUUGCGUGGAAUGCGUGAGGACGGUCUAAGGAUGCGUAAGACAGCACUUGAAGCUCAACAGCAUGUUGAAAUUCCGAGGUACAAGGGAAUGGUAAAUAAGGGUGAUGAAGAAGAUGUCGUUGAUGAGACAGAACUCGAUUUUCUUAAAGGUCUCUCUACUAAAGAAAAACUGAAAUUAUUAAAGAAAUUGGAAAAACUUGAAGCGAACGGAGUCAAAAAGAGAGAUUUAUCCACAGAUUCAGAGAGUGAGAGUGAUACUGAUAGGAAGUCAAAGAAGAAGAAAAACAAAACAAAAAAAAGUAAAAUUAGGGAUAAAAGUAAAAAAAGAGAGAAGAAAGUAAAAAAAUCAAAAAAGCAUGAUGAAGACAGCGAAGAUAGUGAAGAUUCUGAUGAAGAGGAAAUACAGAGGAAAAAAAAGAAAAGCAAGAAAGAAAAGGAUUUAAAAAAUAAAACUUCUAAAGAUAAGAAAAAGUCCUCAAGGAAGAGGGAUGACAGUGAUGAUUCAGAUAGCGAAGAUGAUAAGAGAAAGAGUAAAGAAAAAUCUAAAGAAAUCAAAAAGAAAAGUAAAAAGAGGAAAAGAGUAGUCGUUGAAAAAGAAUCUGAUAGUUCAGACAGUGAUGAUGAAAGCAGCGAUGAAGACAGGAAACAAAGGAACCAUCAUAAGAAGAAGAGGAGCAGAAGAAGUGACUCAGAGGGCAGCUCUUCGAAGAACGUCAGCGACAGUUCAGAUGACUCGUCAAAUUCUUCGCCUAGGAAAAGUGACGAUGAGGAAGAAGAAGGAGAAGGAAGUGAAGAAGAAAUUGUAGAUGACGAUAGGCCUGAAAUGCUCCUCAAAGACUACCGCAGAUCGACUGACAAUAUAAUCCAAUACCCAAAGAUAAGGACAAGUCAGAACAAACACAUUCAUCACAAAGUGCAUUGUAAUAAGCAUCGUUCACGAAUAGUUAUAACAAAACAUUUUGAUUAAUGUAUCCAAAAAUUAUAAAAUACAUUUUAUCCAUAUGAUCUAUAGAUAUGGAAUAAAUUUAAAGUAGCUGUCAUUAUUUUAGUAAUUUACUUUUCUAAAUUGUAAAUUAUGAGUAGAGGAGAACAUGGGUAGGUUGGCCGAUUGCUUUUUAUUCUCAUCAUCAUGGGCUCUAGAGCCCCUUAUUUUCACAUUAAAUCCCACUGUACAGAUUAUGUUGUUUGAUCUAUUGAUGAAAGAGUAAGGCUAACUGGCCGCCAAAAGCGCAGCUGAGCUAAGCGUAGCAAGAGAGGGUCGGCAACCGAUUGCGUAGCUCAGCUCAAACAAGAACUUCUCUUGCAUCGGUAUCCUUCGCAUAUUUUAUACUGAACCAAAAUAAAAAAUUUGAGAGAUUGUGCAGUGAAAACAAGCGGAUAACAUUUAAAAAAUAUAUAUACAGCAUAUAUAACAUUCUUAAAAAG